AUAAUGUGGUGUUAGAUUAUUGUCGAAUGCAGCCAUCUCACGUUAUGCCGCCACCUGCUACCAGUCCAGCUCACGAGGACGACGAUUUAGUUGAGACCUCCACCGCUUCGUCAUUUCAACCCAACCAUUGCAUAGAAUGUUGCAUGUCCUUUGACUCCACUGCUGACUUCGCCAACCACAAAGCCAAGUUUUGCAUACAAAGCGAGUACUUUGACCCGGUCAAGAUGCAACAACACCUCUUGGCCACUUCUAUUUCGGACGAAAGCAACGUCAUGGCGACCAAGGGAGUUUGCGGCGCGACCAUGUCGUUUGCCAAGGUCGAGCAGUACUUGAGCGGUGGUGGAGGAAGGUCUUCCCGUGAUGGCAACGGUACUGGUCAAGACAUGACGAUUGGGAAGGUGUCGUUGUUGGAUCUCAAGGCCACGAUGCAAGCGAACGACGUUGAAAUGGAGAAAUUGAGACGGCACGUAAAGAAAGAGCGCGAAAAGGAAAAGGCAGACGAGCUACGAGGACUCAAAUUGAAGCAGCAAAAAGCGUUGUUGCAGAAGAAACAAGAAGAAGACGAGGUCGUGGCACUCAUGAAAGAAAUCGAGCGGCGCCAAGUCGACGAGCUCAAAGCGCGAGCGAAGCGCGAACAAGUCAAAGCCGAGUUGCGGCAUUUGGAUACUGUGGGUAUGAACUUGCUCGAGGACGAGCGAAAGCGAGAGUUGGCUGAGCUGGUCAAGCAAAAAGAGAUCUUGACCCAAAAGGAGCAGGCCGCUUUGCACGAAAUACAAGCCCUGGAGAAACGUGUGAAAGACCAGGAGCUGCAGCACCGUGACGACGAAAGGAAGGUGCUAGCGACGAUUCAGCGAAUGGACGACGGGUCCAAAGGAGAUGCGCGCGUGCGAGCCCUGCGGGCCACGCACAUGCAACGCAGUCAAACGUAUGGCGCGCAAGCGGCGUUGCUCGGGCACAAGCGGAUGGAGUUGCAGCAACUGCAAGAGAAACUCAAGAACGACAUGACCAACCUGGACGUUCGUCACACUCGUGGGGACAACCAAGCGGACGAUGACAACGCUGCGGCAGGGGUCAUCUCAUUCAACUACGACGAAGAGAAGCACCGAGUGAAAAACUUUGACGGUCAGUUCGGUGGGGAUAUCAAGGGCCACGAAACAUCCAGUCCGGCUACGGAUAGCUCGUCUAGUAAACAGCCACACAGCAGUAGCGUCAGAGACGUUGGCAAGAGCAACUCCAAGUCAACUGCAGACGACAGUCCGUCCCCCAACAACUGGAAUGAUGAGCCCAAGCCAACACCACGUCGUGUGCAUUCUAGUGACCUGCCAACCAGGGAAGAGGAGAGAGGUAACACUAAGCCCCUGAAAGACAAUGCCAAAACACCUACUGCACCCGCCCCCUUGGAUGCCCUCGAACGAGAAGUUCUGCAUCGAAACGAAAGUGACCAUACUCUCAAGCAGUCUAGACCAUCCACACCACGAAUAGCAAAAGCCCCCCAAGCUCCUCCUAUGAACCAUCCACCCUUGCACGGCGGCAACUUGCCCUCUUCCUCAUAUCCCCCCUCAAUAAACCCAGAGGCACCACCUUACGCCGUGCCUCCCAUGGCAUCGCAUAUGUGGCCCCCUCCCAACUACACUUCCUAUGGGGGGGCAUAUCCGUACUUUGCGCCGCCUCCGAUGUCCAACUACGGUAUGCUUCAACCCCCGUACUUCAAUGGAUACACUGGAUUUGCCGCGACGGGGGCGGCCAUUAUGGGUGGGGGGUACCCACCCCCCAUGAUGAAUCCGUACGGCAUGCAGCCAACACCGUACAUGCAGCACCAACCCAUGUCCAUGAUGCCAAACAUGAUGAUGAAUCCUGGGAUGUUUGAACCGCCGCCAGACCCAGAGACUGUCAAGUUGCAGCAACAGUUGGAAGCCAUGAAGCAACUCAAGGAGCAACGCGAAUUGGAAAUGGAAACUCUGCGAUUUCAGCAAAUGAUUCAAAGCAUUCAGGGAAAGCUUCCAGGGGCUGCCAACGGCCUCUUCACCAAUGCUCCGACUGGCCAGCAGCAAUCCAUGUCUGCGCAGUCGUCCAGCAGUGACUUGGCCCCCAAAAUAGCUCUGGCAGUUGCAGAUGAACUCGAGUCGAAGGAGCUCAAAGCGUUGAAACUCAAACAUGCUGAAGACAUGCUCAAGCUAAAGCAGCAGCGCGAUCUAAUGGAAGAGGAGGAACGGCUGCAAGACAUGAAAGAGCAACGUGAGAAGCGACGACGGGAAAUGGACGAGCAAAUGGCCCAGGAAGAAUGGAUGGCGAAUCAAAAACGAAUGGUCAUGGCGCUUCGCAUGAAAAAAGUGCUGGCACAAGAACAGCCACUGGCACCAUCCAUGACUGACGACAUGGCGGCAUCUGGCGACGUUCGUCCAUACGACCCCGAGCUAGGGUUUAGUGUGUUUUGGGACUACAUCCUUCUUGUGCCUGCGAAAGCCAGUUUCUUGCAGGUGACGUAUGCAGUGUACGAAGGGUCAAUCCUGCGGACCAAGCACAAGGUGAUUCGCGCCCGAGAGUGUGAACCCCAUGGCCCCACAGUCAAUCGGUGCGUCUUGGCUUCAACUCGAGCGUUCGAUCAUUUGCCAGCCAAUAUGGACGUUCGUCUACUGAUUGAGGUCGCUGCUACAACUUCGGACGGCAAGACCAAACCCUUGAGUUUGGGAUGGACAGCCAUGGACUUGUUCAUUCUGUCAUCGGAUGGGUCGACAGUGCAGCUACAGCAAGGCAAAUUCAAACUCCCUCUGAGCCGUUCGCCAUUGCCGUCGAUGAACAAUGGGCCGUGGAGUGUGCCCAAAGGUGCCUCCGAUGCUACCACCACGACGUUGUACCUUCGGGUGGCGCACGCUGCCCAAGUCGAGGACGCCACCAUGUACCCAGUGAAUCCCGACGUGACCGCGAGUAAAUACCAGAAUCCAUCGACAACAUCGACGAUAUCCCCUUCCCCAACGCUUGCGGCUCCCACCACAGUGACCUCCGACCAAACGAAAAAAAGUAGUCAGCCAACCGACCCCCUAUACCACGCCCCACCGCCCCCCACAGCCCCCCCGACGCGACCCCCAACAUCCAAACCAGCCCAACCAAUCACCACAACGUCAUACACUCCGAAUGCCACUUCAACUGCUGCCAGCUACAAAAGCAAAGCGUCUCCAAUACGAAGCGUGCUACCGUCGGCCAUGGCUGUCCUUGCUACUAUUCCAUCGAUAUCAGGCGACCAUGGCACAGCUCAGUACACGGCCCUGCUCUCAGCCUUACGCCCAUCAGAUCCCAAGGAAUGGACCCACUCUAGCUCGGACUGUGUCCAGCUUGUGCUAUCGUUGCCAAGCUCCAGUGUACCAUUGUACUCGUCUGAGGACCGGUCAAUUGACCCGUCAACGGGCCUCGUGACGGCUGGGCCGUGGAAAAUACCCUUGUUCAGUGUCCCAAAGCCCCUUUCUCACAACCAACCCAUCGUCAUCACGCUAUCGCAUAAACGAAGCGGAGGGGUCGUCGAGUUGUACAGUGCGACGCUGGCUUUGGAGGACGCAGGGGGGCACGACGUCGUAUGGGACGAACAACUGGUCGAGUUGUGUCACCCAGCCACCAAGCAAGUCAAAGCGAUCAUACUCGUCACCAUCUCGCCCACAGAUCAUGAUCCGCCAAGCCAUUCCAUGUUCCCAUCUACCUCAUUGUCCAGUGGCGAAGGAUGGGUCGAGUGUGACUUGUACUCGAACCCCCGCAACAUCCCCCCUCAAACCCUCUUUGGUCGGGGCGACGGCUUCAACGUGUAUGUGGACGGCUUGCGGUCGCUGCCAGACCCUGUCACGAUCUCAAAAGUCACUUGCUUCGCCCUCAACGCAGACAUGACGAGCGUCUCUCCGUUGCAAGAGCCUUCUGCGUACACUACACUGCAAGACAAUGCGUCUUCUCCGUCGUUCAAACUCUGCUUGGAGUACCGAGGCGAUCGGUUCAACCCGACAUUGACCCUGCUGUGCAGAGUGGACACUAUCCACGGCGUGUCCAAGCAACCGAUGGUCGUGGGGUAUGCGGCAUUGCCGUUGUUUGUCGAACAUCGCGACAACGGAGGAGCAGCGAUGACGGCCCCCACCAAGGCCACCGUGCAGGAAUUCUGCCUCAACACCGGUGCAUUCCAAUUACCGCUGCGGCUAGGAGCGACGCUCGGCACGAACGAAAUCGACUUCAGCGCGACUGCGUGCGAUGGGUACAUGAAAUUGCCCUGCGCCACCAUCCUGGUGCGCGUAUGUCCUGCCGCCAAAACCGAGGACGGCCUCGCUUGUCUGAGUCGAAACGACGUGGCAACAUCCGACUGGAUCGCUCGAGGCGUGUCCACCCCGGCACCGAAUUAUGCCGACAAAGCUUACGAUUCCACAGCAUCGCGGCCUUCGCUUGCCGAAGACAAGCUGUACAAACUAAGGUUGCGUCGCCCGCCCCGGUUGGUUGGUGACACCUUGUUGACCGUGACCGACAAAGCCACCGUGGACGCACCAGAGAAACUUGCGACGUGGCUCCAAGCGCAGUUGACUAAAAAACCAACGGUAACGCUCUUGGACACCCUGACAACGAUGUUUCCGUAUAUACCGGAAAUGGGAUUUCGCAUUGCAAUCGACGGGUUGGUGAAUGUGCCCAGUGGCUGUUUGUACAAGGUCGUGACGUGCAUCUCCCCGCCAGCUCCGUUUUAUCAAGACCCCAAAAUGACAGACGAUGUGCACAUGACCAUCAGCUACAACUGGACCAGUGCCCAGGCCUAUCCCGAGUUCCAGGACGGCUACAUCACAUUUCGAGACGUGCCAGAGUUCCCUAACACCGACUUGCUCGUGGUGUUUGACGUUCGAGGCGUCAAGCAAGUUAAAGGCACGUGGGUGUCGCAUCAAGUGGGCUGGGCGUACUUGAAACUGCUCAACACAUCCCAUUGCAUUGCCGCGGGAUCGUUCCAGUUGCCGCUCUUUUCUGGGGCCAUGAGUUUGGUGUGUGUCCCGUGAUGGAUAACUAGGGAAUGACGAUGGUGGUGGUGGUUCUGCUGCGGUAGGAUCUUCUCCAACACGACAUGGCUUUGGAUGCGUUGAUUGACGCCGAGACAGCUAAAAAGAAGGGAUUGAUCUCGUACUUGCCCGGCAUGUCGUUAUGCAUCCGCGUAGAAGACGGAUGCAUGCCGAAUACGUUUCCGAAGCCUUUGGUUUGUCCUGUUCACAAGACAUGAUUAAUAUGUGUUGUAGGGAAACAUGACCCCCGUGGGGAUGCCACCGUCGACGGCGGCCAAAUACACGUACGACGCCACGAAUGUGCAAACUCAAAAGAAGAAGAAACCGCUGUCCAAACUGGUGGUUGGCAAGACAGAGCGGGAGUGCGAAAAAGAGCUCAACACGACGUUUGCCAAAGACAUGGACAUCUCCCACUAUACGUUUUGACCCCAACACCGCAGCAUAGUAUUAACAGUUACUUCAAAGUCGAAAGACGAAACCGAUUCUGAAACGGUCGUGAUCUUUGACCGCAACUAAAAAAUUCUGUUCUAUGAUAUCCAUCGAC